GAGCCUCGAUCCUCUUCCAAUGGAUGGGCCAGAUUUUGGAAAUGUUAGCGAUGACACCGAUCUGGUAGAGGUGGAGCCUCAGAAAAGGCAAGAAAUUUUAGAAAAUAAAGAUGUUGUGGUGCAGCGUGUGCACUUUGAAGGUCUCGGAAGGACAAAGGAUGACCUUAUCAUGCCUGAAAUUUGUGAUGUUUUUAAAGCAAAGAACCUGAUUGAGGUAAUGAGGAAAUCCCAUGAAGCCCGAGAGAAGCUCCUUCGUUUGGGAAUAUUUCGACAAGUGGAAGUGUUGAUUGAUACCUGUGAAGGUGAAGAUGCCCUUCAUAAUGGGUUGGAUGUCACGUUUGAGGUCACAGAGCUGCGAAGGUUAACUGGAAGUUAUAAUACGAUGGUUGGCAACAAUGAAGGCAGCAUGGUUCUGGGGCUGAAACUUCCCAAUCUCUUCGGUCGGGCAGAAAAAAUGACUUUCCAGUUCUCCUAUGGAACCAAAGAGACUUCUUAUGGCUUAUCUUUCUUCAAACCUCAAGUUGGGAAAUUUGAGAGGAAUUUCUGCCUCAACUUGUACAAGGUAACUGGCCAGUUUCCAAGGAGUUCCCUACGAGAGACUGAUCGAGGAAUAUCUACAGAGUUUAAUUUCCCAAUCUGGAAGACCAGCCACACCUUGAAGUGGGAGGGAGUAUGGAGAGAACUUGGUUGCUUGGCCCGAACAGCAUCGUUUGCCAUACGAGAGGAGAGUGGACACUCGCUGAAGUCUUCUCUAGCACAUACAAUGGUGAUUGAUAGUCGCAACUCUACAAUCCUGCCUAAAAGAGGUGCCUUACUGAAAAUCAAUCAGGAGCUAGCCGGGUACACAGGAGGAGAUGUCAGUUUCUUAAAGGAAGACUUUGAACUGCAGCUGAACAAACAGCUCUCAUGGGACUCUGUGCUUUCUACUUCCCUUUGGGGGGGAAUGUUGGUUCCACUAGGAGAUAAACCGUCCAGCAUUGCAGAUCGGUUUUAUUUGGGAGGACCAACAAGUGUGCGUGGAUUUAGCAUGUACAGUAUUGGACCUCAGAGUGAAGGUGACUAUCUUGGUGGUGAAGCAUACUGGGCUGGCGGUAUUCACCUUUACACUCCGCUACCUUUCCGUCCUGGACGUGGUGGUUUUGGGGAUCUUUUUAGGACCCACUUCUUCCUUAAUGCUGGAAAUCUCUGCAACCUGAAUUAUGGUGAAGGUCCAAGGGCUCACAUCCGCAGGCUGGCUGAGUGUAUCCGCUGGUCAUAUGGUGCAGGCAUUGUGCUUCGGCUGGGAAACAUCGCAAGACUUGAACUUAAUUACUGCAUCCCUAUGGGCGUCCAGAGUGGAGACAGGAUAUGUGAUGGAGUUCAGUUUGGAGCUGGGAUUCGUUUCCUUUAA